AUGUAUAACCUUAGUAGAAUCACUAGAUAUCUAUCCUCUGUUUCACUCAACCCUAGCACGAGAGCGCGUGGGGUUCUGACUGAGAAGGCUUCCAUGAAUCGAGCAUUUUCCGGGAAACCAGGAUCUGAUGGAGUUGGAGGCGACGAUAAUGGUUGGGAUAUCGCAACGGGAGGAUCAUUCGGUGAUACAGUAGGAUCUGAUUGGGACAAUAAAUCAAUGUGGACGACUGGUUUGACUAAGGAGCAUUUCGAUGGCGUCUCUGUUGGGCGUCAGAAGAACGCGAAUCCUUCGUCUGAUAAUGCCGCUUCUGAUUCAGGCGAUGUAAUGAGCAGAUUGGGUCCAAAAGAAGUCGCAAUGGUUAACGAAAUGAAUGAGUAUGAUGAUUUGAUUAAAGAGAUUGAGCAAGAUAAUAGCCAUAGCAGAGCUUUUGUUGAUGGGAUCAAACAGAGAAUGAUGGAGAUGAGUGUGUUGUUGAAGCAAGUCAAGGAACCUGGAGCUAGAGGGUCUUAUCUUAAGGACUCUGAGAAGACUGAGAUGUACAGAUUGCAUAAAGAGAAUCCUGAGGUGUAUACCGUUGAGAGGCUUGCUAAGGAUUAUAGGAUCAUGAGGCAGCGUGUUCACGCCAUUCUUUUUCUUAAAGAAGAUGAAGAAGAAGAAGAGAGAAAGCUUGGUCGUCCCUUGGAUGAUUCUGUUGAGCGUUUGCUUGAUGAGUGCCCUGAGUUCUUCAUUUCGCAUGACCGAGAAUUCCAUGUGGCCUCGCUUAAAUACAAACCCGACUUCAAGGUCAUGCCAGAAGGAUGGGAUGGUACAAUCAAAGAUAUGGACGAAGUCCAUUAUGAGAUCUCAAAAAAAGAGGAUGACAUGCUUUACGACGAAUUUCUUCGGAGGUUUGAGUUCAACAAAAUGAAAUGGAGAGGAGAAGUGAAGUGCCACAAGUACAGCAGACGACGUUCAUCUGAAGGAUGGAAAAUCACGGUUGAGAAAUUAGGUGCCAAGGGCAAACGUGGAUCCGGUGGUGGCUGGAAGUUUGUGAGUCUUCCAGAUGGAUCGAGCCGGGCUCUCAACGAAGUAGAGAAGAUGUAUGUUAAGCGUGAAACGCCGCGUCGCCGUCGUAAGAUCCUCCCUUAGAACCAGUCCCGGCUCUGACCCAUGGCCAGUGGGGCGACCUUCCUGGCUCUACCACCCUUAUAUUUGUUUCCUGUGCUACUUUGGAGAGUGUCAAAGUUGAAACUACUUUGCUUUUUGUCUGAUCUCAAGUUGAAUAGUAAGAUGGGUAGCUUUAGUUUUCGAUUUUCGAUCAGUGUCCCAAUCUAUGAAGUUCGAAUAAUCUUACCCCAAACACUUUUAGGCCCAAACAUUUUAUUUAGGCCCAAAUAUUUAAGAAUCAUAUUCA